AAAACAAACAUAACUUGAUACACAUACAAAAAUCAAAAGAGAUGGGGCGUCUCGUUAAUGGAGCUGCUCUCCUGGCUUUGUUAUGGUUCAAUGUUUUUGUGGCUGCGAGAGAAGGUGUGACCUUUGGAAAAAAUGAAGAGGAGAAGACCUUCAUAGGCGGCGGAAAGGGCUUUGGAGGCGGUUUUGGUGGAGGAUUUGGCAAAGGAGGUGGAAUCGCAGGCGGGGUAGGCAAAGGCGGUGGUUUUGGAGGUGGUAUUGGUAAAGGUGGAGGCAUUUUUGGCCACGGAAUAGGCAAAGGCGGUGGUUUUGGAGGUGGCAUUGGUAAAGGUGGAGGCUUUGGCGGGGGAAUCGGCAAAGGUGGUGGGAUUGGAGGCGGCUUUGGAAAAGGUAAAGGAUGGGGCUUUGGCGGCGGAAUAGGCAAAGGUGGUGGGAUUGGAGGCGGCACUGGAAAAGGUAAAGGAUGGGCCUUUGGUGGUGGCUGGUUUGGACACCACUGAGCUGAAUGAGAAGAAAAUUGUAGUUGCAUUGCAUGGAUGUCUGACGUAAACAAGAUGGUUAAAGCAACUACUUCUGAAUAAAUUAAAUUAGCUUUG